UUGUAAAGCCACAACCGCUGAACAAGCGGCCGCGUUUGCCAACGUUUAGCUCUUAAAAAUUUUCACCAGCAACUUUUACGUUUGGUUUUCAAUAAUUUCGCGCGUUUAAUUGUGCAUCCAGGAUGCCGGACAGUGACGCCGAUAGCGACUCGAGCAACAGCUCUGCUGGCAGCAGUAAUAGCAGCAAAAGUAGCGGCAGCGGCGCCUCAACAAGCAGCUCCAAUAGCGCCGCCAGUGAUGCUGGCAGCCAACAGAAAGAAGAAGCAGCUGUGGAGCGUGGUGAGUCGAGAGAAGAGCGAGGAGAAGGCAAGAAGAGCAAAUCAACUGAUAAAAUGACAGCUGGGAAAGAACCCGAAACGAAGCCAAAUGAUGUGGAACACGAACAACAACAAGAACAAGAACAGCUGCAAACUGUUGACAACAACAGCAAAGUGGCAACAAGCGUUGCUGACGAAGCAGCAAAAGUUGUUGAAAAACCGGCAGAAAAAGAGAAUGAAACGGUGACAGCGACAGAGGAGAAAAAUCAACAGCUGGAGUCAGAGCCGGUGACCGCAAAUGGCAAGGCAGCUGUCGCCAAAUCGCCCAGCAAUGUGGAGGAGGGUGAAAUAACCGAUAAAGAGGAUGAGGCAGCUGAGGAAGCAACAGGAGGAGGAGACGAAGCUGCAGACAAGCAACCAGAGCUGAAGCCUGCGUCGGAAGAGGAGGAAAAACAGACCAACGUCAGCAGGCCUCCGCAAAUUGCCAGCGAGGUGCGCAGACGAAGCCCCAGUCGCGAUGCAGAGGAGCGACAACGUCGUCGUCGUACUCGCAGUCGGAGCCGCAGUCGCUCACCACGCAAUCGCAACCGCAAUCGACGUCGCACACGAAGUCCACGUAGUCGCAGCCUGAGUCCGGUGCGUCGACGUUCCAGUUCGUUGGAGCGUAGACGCGCCGAGCGCGAGAAACGCCACGAGGAGCGGGCGAAGCGCGAUGAGGAGCGAGCGCGUGAGCGUGAGAAGCGACAUAAUCAUCACCAGCAACGUCGCAAAGAGCCGUCAGAACCCACAGAGAACGCGGACAAUGCGACUGUCAGUGAACCGACGGCCAAGAUUAGCGAACGCCAGCGCCGCACUGUGGAUUUGUUAACAUCGCGCACCGGUGGCGCUUAUAUUCCACCGGCGAAGCUGCGAAUGAUGCAGGCCGAGAUCACCGAUAAGGCAUCGGCAGCGUAUCAACGUAUCGCAUGGGAGGCGCUUAAGAAGUCAAUACACGGCUACAUCAACAAAGUGAACGUGACGAAUAUUGCGAUUAUUACACGCGAGUUGCUGCGCGAGAAUAUUGUGCGUGGUCGUGGAUUGCUGUGUCGUAGCAUCAUCCAAGCCCAGGCAGCGUCGCCCACUUUUACACAUGUCUAUGCUGCUUUGGUGGCAAUUAUCAAUUCCAAGUUCCCCAAUAUCGGGGAGUUGCUGCUAAAGCGUUUGGUCAUUCAAUUUCGACGCGCCUUUCGACGCAAUGACAAACUAGUUUGCAUGUCAGCAACGCGAUUCAUUGGCCAUCUGGUCAAUCAACGUGUGGCACAUGAGAUCCUGGCACUGGAGAUGUUGACGCUGCUCGUGGAGACGCCCACCGAUGAUUCGGUAGAAGUGGCCAUUUCGUUUUUAAAGGAAUGCGGCAUGAAAUUGACGGAGGUCUCGUCGAAGGGCAUUGGCGCCAUCUUUGAGAUGCUGCGCAACAUUCUACACGAGGGCAAGCUGGAUAAGCGAGUGCAGUACAUGAUUGAGGUGCUGUUCCAGGUGCGCAAGGAUGGCUUCAAGGAUCAUCCGGCUAUUGUCGAUGAUCUAGAGCUCGUAGAGGAGGACGAUCAGUUCACGCAUCUCAUGAUGUUGGACGAGGCCACCGAAACUGAAGACAUACUAAAUGUAUUCAAAUUCGACGAGGAGUUUGCAGAGAACGAGGAAAAAUACAAGGCGCUGAGCAGUGAAAUAUUGGGCAGCGAUGCCAGUGGCUCAGGCAGCGGCUCUUCUGGUUCUGGCUCCGAUUCCGACAGCGAUUCAGAUGCCGAAUCCGGUUCAGGCGGAGAGGGAGAUGGGGAGAAGGCAGCAACGGCUGGCGAUAUUAUUGACAACACAGAAACCAAUUUAAUUGCAUUACGCCGUACGAUUUAUUUGACGAUCAAUUCGAGUUUGGACUAUGAGGAGUGCGCACACAAGCUGAUGAAGAUGCAACUGAAGCCCGGCCAGGAGGUGGAGCUGUGUCACAUGUUUCUCGACUGUUGUGCCGAGCAGCGAACCUACGAAAAGUUCUAUGGGCUGUUGGCUCAGCGUUUCUGUAGCAUCAACAAGAUUUAUGUACCGCCUUUUGAGGAGAUAUUCAAGGACACGUAUCAGACAACCCAUCGCCUCGACACGAAUCGAUUGCGUAAUGUCAGCAAGUUCUUUGCACACUUGUUGUUCACGGAUGCCAUCAGUUGGGAUGUGCUGGAGUGCAUUCAGUUGAACGAGGAUGAUACGACGUCGUCGAGUCGUAUUUUUAUCAAGAUCUUGUUCCAGGAACUGGCCGAAUACAUGGGAUUGGGCAAGCUCAAUAAUAAGCUUAAGGAGGAGGUACUACUAGAAAGCUUAGCCGGCCUGUUUCCCAAAGAUAAUCCACGGAAUACGCGCUUUUCCAUUAACUUUUUCACCUCGAUUGGUUUGGGUGGUUUGACGGAUGAUUUGCGACGUUUCCUCAAGAAUGCACCCAAGUCGGUGCCGGCGAUUAAUGCCGAGAUUCUCGCCAGUGGAAAUCCCUUCAAGGAUCCUUCGGCUGCUGCAGAGGCUGAAGAAAAUUCGUCAUCGUCCUCCUCAAGUAGCGAAAGCAGCAGUUCCAGCAGCGAGGAGGAGAGUAGCGAUGAGGACAGCGAUAGCGAGUCCAGUUCCAGUUCCGAGUCGGAGUCUGAGUCCGAUUCAAAAGCGUCGAGAAAGCGAAAGCACAAGGAGAAACACAGCAAGCGAAAGAAGGAGAAGUCCAAAAAGAAGAGUAAGGCCAAAAAGUCCAAGAAGGAGAAGAAGCGGUCCGAUAAAGAGAAAGAAAAGUCGAAGGAUAAAAAGGAGAAACGCUCCGAUAAAGAAAAGGAUAAAAAGGAAAAGCGCUCGGAAAAGGAUAGACGAAGAGAGAAGGAGAAAGAAAGGGAGAAAGAGAAGGAGAAAGAAAGGGAGAGAGAAAAGGAGAAAUUAAGGGAAAAGGAAAAGGAGAGGGAAAGAGAAAAGGAGAAGGAAAAGGAGAGAGAAAGAGAAAAGGAGAAGGAGAGACAAAGGGAAAAGGAUAAAGAAAGAAGGAAAGAACAGGAGAGGGAGAGAGAGAAAGAAAAAGAGCGUGAAAAGAGAAGAGAGGAGGAAAAACAGAGAGAAAAAGAAAAGGAGAGGCAAAGGGAAAUAGAAAGGGAAAAGGAAAAGAAAAAGCAGCAGGAGAAGGAGGAGAAAGAAAGGGAGAGGAGAAGGUCUGCUGAGAAGAAAUCAAAAACAAAUCGCAAGCGCGAACGGGAGCAGAGCAGCAGCUCCAGCAGCAGUGGCAGCAGUGCUGAGGACAGCGACAGCAGCUCCUCCGACACAUCCUCAAGCAACAGCAGCGACAGUGACGAACCCCAAGCAAAGAUUCAACGGAAGGACAACGGUAACCACAAAGCGACCAAAAUCAGAGAGAGCGAUGAGUUUAAUCUGGAUGGACCUGUCGGAUCGCCAUCAGCAUCGCGACAACAGCAUAAUGGUCAUGGAAAACGAGAAGCAUCAUCCCCAGAUAAAAGACAACUGGAGCGAGAGCGCGAGCGGAACAGGGGGAGGGAUGGAGAAAGAGAACGAGAACGAAAAAAGGAUCGAGAACGGGAACAGGACAGAGAUAGGGAACGGGAGCAGGAUCGUCGAGUCCGACGUGAUGACAAUGAGGAUGGACGUGGGAAACGUGGCCGAGAAACGGAGCGGGAGAAUGAACGUGACAAAGGACGAGACCGAGAACGCGACAGAGAAAGGGAACGGGAGCGGGAAAGAGAACGGGGCAAAGACAGAGAAAGGGAACGGAACAGAGACCGGGAGCGUGAUAGAGAUCGCGAGCACAAUCGGGAACACAACUCGCGUCGUGAACGCGAACGACGCGAUUCACCGCGACGUCAGCAUCGACGCAGCGUAUCCAAGGAGCGCGGUUGAAGCAACUGUGUCGCCUCCUGCAAUCUUCCAUUUGCAUUUCUCGCCCUGCAGCAACAAUUACAAAAAUGUACAAACAACAAAACGAAACGAAAUAUAUAAAAACUACCACAAA